AUGGAAGGCGUAGGAGCCGAGCAAGCACGUCUAGCCAAGUGUGCAGAUCACACACACGCUGCUGUGUAUGGGAACCAGUCUCCACGAGACUGGAACCAGUCUCCACGAGACUGGAACCAGUCCCCCCGAGACUGGAACCAGUCUCCACGAGACUGGAACCAGUUCCCCCGAGACUGGAACCAGUCCCCCCGAGACUGGAACCAGUCUCCACGAGACUGGAACCAGUCCCCCCGAGACUGGAACCAGUCUCCACGAGACUGGAACCAGUCUCCACGAGACUGGAACCAGUCCCCCCGAGACUGGAACCAGUCUCCACGAGACUGGAACCAGUCCCCCCGAGACUGGAACCAGUCCCCCCGAGACUGGAACCAGUCUCCACGAGACUGGAACCAGUCUCCACGAGACUGGAACCAGUCCCCCCGAGACUGGAACCAGUCCCCCCGAGACUGGAACCAGUCUCCACGAGACUGGAACCAGUUCCCCCGAGACUGGAACCAGUCCCCCCGAGACUGGAACCAGUCACCCAGAGACUGGAACCAGUCCCCCCGAGACUGGAACCAGUCCCCCCGAGACUGGAACCAGUCUCCACGAGACUGGAACCAGUUCCCCCGAGACUGGAACCAGUCCCCCCGAGACUGGAACCAGUCACCCAGAGACUGGAACCAGUCCCCCCGAGACUGGAACCAGUCUCCACGAGACUGGAACCAGUUCCCCCGAGACUGGAACCAGUCCCCCCGAGACUGGAACCAGUCACCCAGAGACUGGAACCAGUCCCCCCGAGACUGGAACCAGUCUCCACGAGACUGGAACCAGUUCCCCCGAGACUGGAACCAGUCCCCCCGAGACUGGAACCAGUCACCCAGAGACUGGAACCAGUCCCCCCGAGACUGGAACCAGUCUCCACGAGACUGGAACCAGUCCCCACGAAACUGGAACCAGUCCCCCCGAGACUGGAACCAGUCUCCACGAGACUGGAACCAGUCUCCACGAGACUGGAACCAGUCCCCACGAAACUGGAACCAGUCCCCCCGAGACUGGAACCAGUCCCCACGAGACUGGAACCAGUCCCCCCGAGACUGGAACCAGUUCCCACGAAACUGGAACCAGUCCCCACGAAACUGGAACCGGUCCCGCAUGACAGAAUUCAGUAUUAUAACACAGAGAACAAGACUGGCAUAUCAAUUCAGACAAGGUCUCCCCCUCAAAAUACCAGUGGAGGAGCGGAAGGACGUAGCGUGGUGUAUCUGGCCUUAUACUGUUUACGACAGCACAGGGGCAGGAACCACGGGUGUCGAAUCAUCACUACGGGGCGCGUUUGACGCCUCCGAAAGGCGGUGGUAG